AGAGGAAAAAAGAAGAAGAAAGAUAAACUGGUGCAAAAGUUCAGCCAAAAAGAAUAGGCUUAAAGAGUGAUAAGUUUUGUGCGCACAAAAUAAAUGAGGCACCGAGUUUUUUGUCAUCAUGUUUCGUCAAAUUGCAUUACGUGCAUGUCCAACAUGGCUUGAAAAUAAACUCAUGUUUUUGUAUUUUAGGGCAAAGAGUGCUUCUGUCAACGGCAGAUCGCAUAGUCUGAGUGCAACAGUAGAUCAUUCCAAUAUGAAAGUACAAAUAUUACCAGCCCUUCAAGAUAAUUAUAUGUAUUUAAUUAUCGAUGAAGAAACACAGGAGGCUGCUAUUGUAGAUCCUGUCGAUCCAGAAGCUGUAACUGCAGCUGUCCAACAAAAUGAUGUCAAAUUAACAAAGGUGUUAACUACUCAUCAUCAUUGGGAUCACGCCGGAGGAAACGCCAAACUAUCUAAAAGCUUCGCCGAUCUCGUGAUAUAUGGUGGAGAUGACAGAGUAGAAGCCAUUAAUCGUAAAAUUAUGCACAAUGAUACAUUCAGCAUUGGCAAUUUAUCAGUCAAGUGUCUAGCAACACCUUGUCAUACGCGUGGGCACAUUUGUUACUAUGUUACGGGAGAAGGACAACAUUCACCAUCUGUAUUCACAGGGGACACGCUGUUUGCUGGAGGCUGUGGGAAAUUUUUCGAAGGUACCGCAGAUCAAAUGUACAAAGCGCUCAUCGAAAUUCUAGGCUCUUUACCUGAAGAGACAAAGGUGUAUUGUGGACACGAAUAUACUGUCAACAACCUCAAGUUCGGUCUACACGUGGAGCCUGAGAAUGUGGCAAUACAACAAAAAUUGGAUCAGGUGCACAUUCAACGUGCUAAUAAUCUUCCAACAGUGCCUAGUACUAUUAAAGAUGAAAAGCUGACAAAUCCGUUUAUGAGAGUGCACGAACCAUCCGUUAUGAAACACGCGCAGCAAAAUGAUCCCAUUCAGACAAUGUCAUACUUACGGCGUGAGAAAGAUAACUUUAAAGUUUAAAUUUUCGAUAAAACACUUUCCUUUUU